AAAGCGACUCUGUGCAACUAUGGCGCUUCUGGGGAAGUCCUUGCUGAGGUCCAAAUUCGGAUCUUAUGUUUGCAAAGCCCGGGAGUUAAUAGUUAACCAGCGCAGAUGCAUCGUGUCUUGUGUUGAUCCUUCCCUGGGAUUGACGGAGGAACAGAAGGAAUUUCAAAAAGUGGCAUUUGAUUUUGCUUCAAAUGAAAUGGCCCCACACAUGGCAGAGUGGGAUCAGAAAGAAAUCUUCCCAGUUGACACUAUGAGAAAAGCGGCCCAGCUGGGUUUUGGAGGCAUCUAUGUAAAGCCUGAUGUUGGAGGCUCUGGUUUGUCUCGACUUGACACCUCCAUUAUUUUUGAGGCCCUCUCCACAGGCUGUGUCAGCACAACUGCCUAUAUGAGUAUUCACAACAUGUGUGCCUGGAUGAUUGAUGCUUUUGGAAAGGAAAAACAGAGACAGACUUUCUGCCCUCCUUUGUGUAGCAUGGACAAGUUUGCUUCUUACUGUUUAACAGAACCUGGAAGUGGCAGUGAUGCAGCUUCUUUGCUAACUACUGCAAAACGUAGGGGGGAUCAUUACAUACUUAAUGGUUCUAAGGCAUUCAUCAGUGGAGGUGGUGAUACAGAUAUUUAUGUGGUGAUGUGCCGGACAGGAGAAAAAGGAGCCAAAGGGAUUUCGUGCGUAGUGGUGGAAAAAGGAACGCCAGGUCUCAGUUUUGGAAAAAAAGAAAAAAAGGUAGGGUGGAACUCACAACCCACUCGAGCUGUAAUCUUUGAAGAUUGUGCUGUGCCAGUGGCUAACAGACUUGGAGAGGAAGGCCAAGGCUUCCUAAUUGCCAUGAAGGGACUUAAUGGGGGCCGCAUAAACAUUGCCUCCUGCUCCUUGGGUGCAGCACACGCUUCUGUUCUUCUUGCAAGGGAUCAUCUUAAAGUCCGAAAGCAAUUUGGAGAACCGCUGUCCAAUAGCCAGUUCCUCCAGUUCACUUUGGCACAAAUGGCCACAAGAUUAGUGGCCUCUCGUCUAAUGGUACGUCAGGCUGCCCUAGCCCUGCAGGAAGACAGGGAGGACGCUGUUACGUUGUGUUCCAUGGCUAAGUUGUUUGCCACGGAUGAAUGUUUUGCGAUCUGUAACCAGGCCCUGCAGAUGCAUGGUGGCUAUGGAUACCUCAAGGAUUAUGCCGUUCAGCAAUUUGUUCGGGACAUUAGGGUGCAUCAGAUAUUGGAAGGAACCAAUGAAGUAAUGAGGAUGAUCAUUUCAAGGAAUUUGUUACAUGAAUGAAGCUGCAAUAAAAGAUCUCAUUGAUGGGCAUAACAUGAAUCAAAUGCUGAAUUGCAGAAUUGUUAAGUGUUUUUAUAUUUAUAUGAGUUCAAAUAUGUAAUGUUGAACAGACAUACUGUAUUUAGUAUGUACAGUUUAAUUUGUCAAGAAUUAUGUGAGCCUCCUUGUCUGAAAAGUAACAUUUAGUAAUAGAAGAGUUUAAACAAUAUUGU